CUCCACCAAUGACACGAAGAGUAGCAUCAGUCACACAGAGACAGGAAUCAAACUACUCGUCCCCUAAGGCUGGUCUACAAAGAAACUUUAAGUCAUCGGCCAGUGUUUUCAGCAAGGCAGAAGGAAGUCAAAGCUGUUGAAUACAUUGAAAAUUCUAACCAUGAAACCUGGACUACUGGCUGUCCUUGUUCUGGGGACAUUCACUCUGGGUGGAUGGUGCAAACCCCUUAAGUCUGUCUUUGUUACAUUUCCUGGAGAUGUCAUCAAAAAUAUGACCAAUAAAGAGCUUGCAGAGCAAUACCUGAAGCGUUUUGGCUACUUGAACGUCAUGCAAAAGACUGGGCUGCAGCCGGCAGUGUCCGCCUCAAAAGCUCUGAAGAGGAUGCAGAGGCAGAUGGGUCUGGAGGAGACUGGCAGACUAGACGAGACCACCAUUGAUGCCAUGAAACAGCCACGCUGUGGUGUUGUUGAUGUUCGUAACUACCAGACGUUUGACGGUGACCUCAAAUGGAACAACAAAGACGUGACUUACAGGAUUCUGAACUACUCCCCAGAUAUGGAGUCCUCUUUGAUUGAUGACGCAUUUGCCCGCGCCUUCAAGGUGUGGAGUGAGGUCACACCCCUAACUUUCACGCGGCUCUACGAUGGCACGGCAGACAUUAUGAUUUCCUUCGGAAAAGCCAAUCAUGGAGACCCCUACCCAUUCGAUGGCAAAGAUGGUCUCCUGGCACAUGCCUACCCACCUGGCGAGGGGAUGCAGGGUGAUGCCCACUUUGAUGAUGAUGAGUUCUGGACUCUUGGAACUGGACCAGCGGUGAAAACCCGAUAUGGCAAUUCAGAUGGUGCGAUGUGCCACUUUCCUUACACAUUUGAUGGUAAAACCUACACCACCUGCACCACUGAAGGACGCACUGAUGACCUGCCCUGGUGUUCAACUACAGCUGACUAUGACAACGACAAGAAGUUUGGCUUCUGCCCUAGCGAACUCCUUUACACAAUCGGCGGGAACAGCAAUGGAGCGGAGUGUGUUUUCCCCUUCGUGUUCCUGGGCGAGACAUACAAUGGGUGCACCACAGAGGGCCGCUCCGAUGGUUACCGCUGGUGUGCCACGACAAAUAACUUUGACCAAGACAAGCAGUUCGGUUUCUGUCCCAGCCGAGAUACGGCUGUGAUUGGGGGGAACUCAGAGGGAGAGCCCUGUCACUUCCCCUUCACCUUCUUGGAGAACACAUACACUUCUUGCACCAGUGAGGGUCGUUCAGAUGGCAAGCUGUGGUGCGGAACUACAGCCAGCUAUGACAAAGACCAGAAAUGGGGAUUUUGCGCAGACAGAGGAUACAGUCUGUUCCUGGUUGCGGCACAUGAGUUUGGACAUGCUCUGGGGCUAGAUCACUCUAAUAUUCAAGAUGCCCUGAUGUACCCUAUGUACAAAUAUGUUGAGACAUUCUCUCUGCAUGAAGAUGACGUUGAAGGCAUCCAGUAUCUCUAUGGACCAAAUCCUGACACCAAGCCUCCUAAGCCCACAACUACACCUUCCCCACCUGGGCCUACUCCUGAGACAGAACCCACAGAAGAACCCACGAGAAAGCCCACCAUCCCGACCACCCCACACCCUGUGGAUCCCUCAGCAGAUGCUUGCCAAAUGGAGAUGUUUGAUGCCAUCACUGAGAUCCAAGGGAAGCUCCACUUCUUUAAGGAUGGGCAAUACUGGAAGAUGACAGGCAAAGACCACAAAGGCCUCAAGGGGCCUUAUCCAAUGGCUGAUAUGUGGCCUGCUCUGCCUGCGGUUAUUGACACCACCUUUGAAGAUCACCUCACCAAGAAAAUCUACUUCUUCUCAGGCACUCGGUUCUGGGUCUACACAGGACAGAAUGUCCUUGGUCCUCGCACCAUUGAAAAGCUUGGCCUCCCAAGCACCCUGAGUCGAGUGGAGGGGGCUGUGCAGAGGGGCAAAGGAAAGGUUCUGCUCUUCAGUGGGGAAAACUACUGGAGACUGGAUGUCAAAGCUCAGAUUAUUGACAAAGGAUACCCCCGCUACACUGACUUGGUCUUUGGUGGGGUCCCUACUGAUGCUCAUGAUGUAUUUCUCUACAAAGGCCAUACUUACUUCUGCCGUGGUCGUUUCUACUGGAGGAUGAACUCUCGUCGGCAAGUAGACAGAGUUGGCUACGUGAAGUACGACGUCAUGAAGUGCCCUCACUCUGGCUACCGCUACUGAGACAUCCGUCUCCCUUUAAGAAUUGACCCACUCAGGUUUCAGUUUUAUCUGUGAUCUGCUGGUAAAGAUCAGCCUGUGGGCACUCUUGUUAACUGUAGGAAAAUAUGCCAAAGCUCCAUCCCGUUUGAGCGUCUCUCUGGUUUGAAAAUGAGGGAUUAUUGAUCAUGACCUUGAGUCCAUUCAUGAAUGAUUCAAAUCAACAAAUAACUGCCUUUCAAGGUCACAAUGACAUAGGAUGUUGCUCUUUUUUUGUCACUUUGGAAGACCUGCUCAUCUUAAGAGUAUGGUUAAUGAUAAAAGGAUGGAAUACAAUGUGGAUAUCAGUAUUGUUAAAACAGUAUUGUUAAAACAAAGAAUAUUCCUCAGUUGCUCUAGCUGAAGUCAAAUGGAUAAAUUUGGACCACUGUUGGUUCUCUAUUUAAAGUUUGCCUGGUGCAAAUGCAAGUUUUGAUGUGAAGUUAUGUUAUUAUUUGUGUUUUUAUUUGAUGUUUGUGAAUCUCAUGUCUCAUGUUAGCACUCAAAAUAUUUAUAUAAAUCAUGUGUUUUCAUUUUUGUAAAAAUGAAUGCAAUAAAUUAAAACAUAGGGUAACUCA